AAUUGCUUCUCCCUUGGUCUUCCACCGUUUCAAUAACGUGUCCCACUUUGAGUAUAAGGACAAAAACUCUAACGAUUUUUUCUCCCUUUUUUUUUCAUCUAAAUUUUUAAAAACAAUCGAUCUCUAGCAACAUUUGUUUACACUAACUGAGUAGGAAUGAAGUAGUGAAGACAAAUCGCGAUCUGGAUUGGGUGUAGCUGAGAGAUCGAGUUGAGAUGGGUUUCUUCAGUACCAUUUUGGGGUUUUUCGGAUUUGGGGUUGGGAUUUCGAUUGGUCUUGUGGCCGGCUAUUUUCUCUUUAUCUACUUUCAACCCACCAAUGUUGAGGAUCCUGAAAUCAAGCCACUGGUGGAGCACGACCAAGAGACUUUGCAACAAAUGUUUCCGGAGAUACCACUCUGGAUAAAGAAUCCGGACUUUGAUCGGCUUGACUGGCUGAACAGGUUUUUAGAAUAUAUGUGGCCGUAUCUUGAUAAGGCAAUUUGCAAGACUGCGAGGAACAUUGCAAAACCCAUUAUCGCUGAGCAGAUUCCUAAAUAUAAAAUUGAUUCGGUCGAGUUUGAAACACUCACACUGGGGUCUCUGCCGCCAACUUUUCAAGGAAUGAAGGUUUAUGUGACUGAUGAGAAGGAGUUAAUUAUGGAGCCUUCUGUAAAAUGGGCUGGAAAUCCUAAUGUCACUAUUUCUGUUAAGGCCUUUGGGUUGAAAGCAACUGUGCAGGUUGUGGAUUUGCAAGUUUUCCUUUUGCCUCGUAUUACUUUGAAGCCUUUGGUUCCUAGCUUUCCUUGCUUUGCCAACAUAUAUGUCUCUCUCAUGGAAAAGCCACAUGUUGACUUUGGACUAAAGCUCAUAGGGGCUGAUCUUAUGUCUAUUCCGGGCAUCUAUAGGAUUGUUCAGGAGCUUAUCAAAGAUCAAGUUGCAAACAUGUAUCUUUGGCCCAAAACCUUGGAGGUUCCAAUAUUAGAUAUGUCAAAAGCCUUGAAGAGGCCCGUUGGAAUUUUACAUGUAAAGGUUCUGCAUGCAAUGAAGUUAAAGAAGAAAGAUCUUCUUGGUGCAUCCGAUCCUUAUGUGAAGCUAAAGCUUUCUGAGGAUAAAUUGCCAUCGAAAAAGACUACUGUGAAGCACAAGAACUUAAAUCCUGAAUGGAAUGAAGAAUUCAAUAUGGUUGUUAAAGAUCCAGAAUCCCAGGUUUUAGAGAUUAAUGUUUAUGACUGGGAGCAGGUUGGGAAGCAUGACAAGAUGGGUAUGAAUGUGAUUCCUUUAAAAGAAGUUUCCCCCGAAGAGCCUAAACGUUUCACUCUUGAUCUCCUAAAAAAUAUGGAUCCCAAUGAUGUCCAAAAUGAGAAGUCACGAGGGCAGAUUGUUGUAGAAUUGACAUAUAAACCCUUCAAGGAGGAGGAUUUGGGCAAGGGGUUUGAAGAGACACAGACAGUUCCAAAAGCUCCAGAAGGUACUCCAGCUGGUGGAGGUUUGCUUGUAGUUAUAGUCCAUGAAGCUCAAGAUGUUGAAGGAAAGUAUCACACUAAUCCACAUGUACGCCUUAUUUUCAGAGGGGAGGAGAAAAAAACUAAGCGCAUUAAAAAGAACAGAGAUCCAAGAUGGGAAGACGAAUUCCAUUUUACGGUGGAGGAGCCUCCCACCAAUGAUAGAUUACAUGUGGAGGUUGUCAGCACUUCGUCACGAAACCUGCUCCACCAAAAGGAAUCAUUGGGUUAUAUCGACAUCAAUCUUGGGGAUGUUGUCGCCAACAAAAGAAUUAACGAGAAGUAUCAUCUUAUUGACUCCAAGAAUGGUCGCCUCCAGAUAGAGUUGCAGUGGAGAACCUCGGAAGCAUGAAUGAUGAUUUAAUUUUCCAUCGAUGUGUACUUCUGUUUCCUUUUUCCCUCCCCCCUUCCCUUCUUUUAAAAUUGUCUUCCAUCGAGUGUAAGGAAAUCGUGAGAAGGGUAUUUCUUGUAUUCUUCUCGUGAGAUAUAUUGGUUUUAUUUGUCAAUCAUGUACAUGUUUGUGAUAAAAAUGUUUGAAAUAGCAAAAGCAUAGAUAUGAUUUGGCUUGGAUUAUAUGCAUUUACAUUUAUUUGGUA